CGACACGCACACAGGGAAAAACUGUCAGGGGGGGACUCCAUUUUGAGGUCGAAUUGCACGCUGCCACCGUGCAGAAACAGCGCGUUUUGCUACAUUAACAACUACAAAAAGUGGGUUAUUCUACGGUCCAAAGCGAUGGCUGACCCAUCGACCGAGAAUGACGUUCCGGAAGGUGCUGAAGUUCGCAAACUGUCGGAUCUGCGAGUUAUUGAUUUGAAGGCCGAGCUGAAGAAACGAAACCUUGACGUCACCGGCAACAAGAGCGCGCUGUCAGAGCGCCUAAAAAAGGCUAUCGAGGAGGAGGGAGGAAACCCGGACGCAAUUAUUCUUUUUGUGGAGUCGGCGCCGAAGAAAGCCGCACCGAGACGUGCUGCAAGAGAUGUAAUACAGGGGACUGAUGAAUACCAAGAUGACAAUUUUGAAGAUGAAUCCCAUGAUGGUCAUUAUGACCACGAGAGCUUCCAUGACAUGGAUAUCCUUGACAUGAAUGUGCUGGACGAGGCUCACAAUGACAACGGAUUGUCAGAAUCCGUGGACGAUCUGGGGGAUUUAAUUGGCGGCCGGGAAGAUGCGGCCCUGGAUGAUGACGACGACGAUGUCACCAUCGACUCUGAAGAUGAAGCAAGACAGUUGGAAGACUCUGGAGGGUUGGACGAAGAAGAUAUGUUGUGCUCUUCACUUUACGUGACUGCCGAUGCUGAGGAGCUAUUAGCAGAAACAGAACAUGACAAAGUAGCCGGGUCUUGUUUAUCUGAGCCGCUUAUCGAAGACCGCCACCCGAGCCGUGAGACGAGCACCGAUGAAGAACAGGCUGCCACCGCCGGCGGGGAAGACAAUGUGUUGACCGACACGGGAGCCAAAGCCGACGAGGAAAACGACCGGGAUGCUCUUGAGGCAGACGCCACCGAGGCCGGGGAAGCGGGGAAGCCCCCCGAAGAGACAUUGGACAGUAAAAAUGCCUUGGAAGCCGUUAGUGUCAGCAAAGAGAACGAUGGGGGUGAAACUGUUGGUUCAGAAUUGGGUUCUAAGAAGGGGGGUGAGGAUGAGAAGACAGAAGAGAAUGCGACUGCGGAUUCCGCCUCGGCAGUGAAAGAGUCGUCCUCUGUUGAGGGCGAAGAUCAGAACAAGAGCUCCGAAGACAAAGAUGGCGGGGAUGAGGCCAAGGAUGAAAAGGCUACUGCGAGUCCUACAGGCAGCAGAAACCUGUGGGUCAGCGGGCUUGCUUCCACGACCAGGGCGACAGACCUGAAGACGCUUUUCAGCAAACAUGGCAAGGUUGUCGGUGCCAAAGUGGUGACCAACGCAAAGAGUCCCGGGGCCCGCUGCUACGGCUUCGUCACCAUGUCCUCCACGGAAGAGGCUGCCAAUUGCGUCAGCCACCUGCAUCGAACCGAACUCCACGGCAAGAUGAUCUCUGUCGAGCGGGCUAAAAAUGAGCCGGCGGGCAAGAAGCCAGCCGACAAAAAUGAGGCCAAGAAGUCGGGCGAUGAGUCCACCGAGUCCAAAUCUGGAAAAGAUGAGGGAGAAGGAAAGGAUGGCAAAGGGGACGAGAGGACCGUAGUCAUGGACAAGUCCAAGGGCGAGCCGGUCAUCAGCGUUAAAGCCAAAAGCAAAGAGCGAAGCUCCAAAAGUCAGGACCGCAAGUCGUCCAGUAAGGAGAGGAAGGACAUCCUGUCGUUUGACCAGAUCAAAGAGCAACGUGAGCGAGAGAGGCAGAGGCAGCGUGAGCGGGAUAUGCGAGAGGUGGAGAGACGCAAAUACAACGAUCGCGGUCCUCCGGACGGCCGCUCGGAGCGUGAGCGGAUCCGCAUCUUCCGUGAGAAAGAGGAGCGGCAACAUCUGAUGAAGAAGAGACACUGGCUAGAGUUGGAGAGGGAACGUCUGGAUGCGGAUCGUAUGGAACGGCAGUUCCUGGAGCGGGAAAGGAUGCGAAUCGAGUUCGAGAGGCGUCGGGAGCAGGAGCGCAUCAUGAGGGAGCGCGAGGAGAUCCGCAGGCAGCAGGAACAGCUCCGCUUCGAGCAGGAUCGCCGCCCCGUCAAGAGGCCUUACGACAUGGACGGCAGGAAAGACGACUGGCCCGACAAGCGCAUGCACAUGGACGACCGAUACCGCUCGGACUUUGGACGGCAGGAUCGUUAUCAAGACUUUGAUCACAGGGAUCGAGGGCGGUGCCAGGACGACAUGAGGGGCGGCAGCCGUGGCAUGGGCGGUGACAGAGAUGGUCCACAUUUCAACGACAGACACGGCCGCGACUCCUGGGGCGGCGGAAGCUACGACAAACGCAUGAACAGGGAUGGAGGCCGAGACUGGGACUCAGGUCGGAAGAUGGAUGGCGACCGGCCGUGGCAAGGUCGGGAUGGGAUCCCUGGCCCGAGCCAUAUGCGUGGCGGCAUGGGAGGUCGCGGAGGCUACAUGAGUUCGUCCCAGUCUCUCUCGGGGGCGCUCAACCGACAAAACCAAACCAUGCAAGGCGGCGUGCAGGGCGGAGCCUUCAAUCGACGCUUCUGAAUUUUCAAACGUCAUAACAAUACUGCGAUUUAUUUAGUUAAAACAAAAAAGUCCACAAGGGAAGGAAUUGACUAUUUUGUACUUUUUCUUUUUAUCUGGAUUUCUUUCCUUUCAGCAACGCUCUCGCUUCCGUGUCGUAGUGCUCACUUGAGUGUCUUGUUGUUGUAAAUUGAAAUGUUUUAUAGACCCAUGGUUGAUGGACCUAACCCUCACCCACAUUUCAUGAUCAGCUCACACUUUUGUGUCGCUGCAAAGCAAUGAGUUUUGUUUUUUAAAUGGCCUGUCGGAGAACAUUUUCUCAAUGAAGUUACAUACUAAUCGUAAGAACUCUUCUACGUUUUUUUUAUCAUUUGCAUCCCAGCUAAAAAUGUUUACAGUCGUUCUUGAUUGUUUGUGACUGGUAAUAAAUGAAGAGUGUUUGUAACUGAAA